GUUGAAUUUUGUUUUUGCUCUACAUUUAUUGUAUUUAACUCUAAAUUUUUAAACAUCGAACUUUAUUUAUAACAAUAAACACAAGUUUACACCUAUACCGCUAUAUGAAGUUUCGUGAAAAUGUCAAAAGUGUCUAAAAGAAAGCAUGUUAUGAAUGAAGCUCUUUGGGACGAUUACGAAUUGCCAAAAGACAAUCAGAACAUCGUUAAAGUUGUUAAAAGUAAAGGAAAUAAUUUACACGAGAUUACUACACCAACAGGCGAAGAAUAUCUAGUUUCAAUGCCAACUAAAUUCCGUAAAAACAUAUGGGUUAAACGCGGAGAUUACAUAUUAGUUGAACCAAUCCCUGAAGGAGACAAAGUUAAGGCUGAAAUUGUUAAAAUAAUGAAUAAAGACUCAAUAAAAUUCUAUAAAGAAAACAAUGUAUGGCCUAAACAGUUUGAGGACAAUAAAUCUGAAAAUAAACCAAACGAAGACUUAUUUGAAAAUACAAAUAGGAAAAACAUUAUAACAUAUGUGAGUGAUAGUGACUCUACUAGCAGUGAUCAAAGUGACAGUGAACAAGAAAAUUAAAAUAAUACAUAGAAU